UGCCGGUUAGUAAGUGUACUAAUAUGUGAAAUGUCCACGUUGGUCGUUUGAUAAAGAAAACUGAUAAUUAUUUCUUUUGGAUUAACCCUUCGUUUAAAAAAUGUUGAAAUUUCUGACAAUAUUAGCGAUUUGCAUAUCUGUGUUUGGAGAAGAAGAGUCACAAGCCCGUCUUUUGGUUCACAAAAGAAUUUUAAAUCGUUAUCUUGUUGAAGGCCACGAUUUAGUAAUUGAUUAUAAUAUUUAUAAUGUUGGUGGCAGUGCUGCUCUUGACAUACAUCUGGUUGAUGCAGGAUUUCCAGAAGAUGAUUUCAAAGUAAUUAAUGGAAUGUUAAAAAUGAGAUUAGACAGACUUGGACCAGGUAAUAACAUUACCCAUACUGUUGUUGUCAGAUCAAAGAAAUAUGGUUAUUAUAAUUUCACUGCAGCAGAAGUUACAUAUCUACCUUCAGAAGAUGCUCAAGAAGUUCAGAUUGGUUAUACAACAGAUCCUGGUGAAGGAGACAUUAUUCCUUUAAGAGAUUUUGAUAGAAGAUUUUCUCCUCAUGUGAUGGAUUGGGCAGCAUUUGCAGUUAUGACUCUACCAUCACUAGGAAUACCAUUUUUGUUAUGGUACAGUAGCAAGUCAAAAUAUGAAUCAAUUGUAAAACAAGCAAAGAAACAUUAAUUUACUUAAAAUGUUGUUUUUAUUGUAUAAAGAAAGAAUAAAAAGAUCUUUCUGUUUGUA